AGCUUUUUUUUUUUAAUGAUCAGUGAUUCACAGCCUCUUCUUUAAUUCUCUUGAGAUAAAACGAUUUCCGGAAGCUUUGGCCUGAGAUCCUGUCCGGUCGGUGAUCGGAGUGCUCGUCUCCUGAGGACGAUACGCGGCUGACUCGCUGUGCGUGUGUUUUCUUUUCUUGUUUGCAUAAAAUGAAUGUUAAUAGCUAUGGAUUUGCGAGUGCGGCGGCGGCGGCCGAGUAUUUAAAGAGACAUCAUAGGCAUGAAACCGGAGAGAAUCAGUGUAGCGCAGCUCUUGUUAAGCUCAUCAAAGCUCCUGUUCCUCUGGUUUGGUCUUUGGUGAGGAGAUUUGAUGAACCACAGAAGUAUAAACCCUUUGUGAGCCGGUGUGUGGCACGCGGAGACCUUGAGAUUGGGAGUCUUAGAGAAGUUGAUGUCAAGUCCGGGCUCCCGGCGACAACAAGUACUGAAAGACUGGAGUUCCUUGACGAUGACGAGCAUAUCUUAAGCAUGAGGAUUAUUGGUGGGGAUCACAGACUUCAGAACUACUUUUCAAUCAUUUCUCUUCAUCCAGAGAUUGUUGAUGGAAGAUCGGGGACUUUAGUCAUCGAAUCCUUCGUCGUCGAUGUGCCGGAAGGGAACACCAAGGAUGAAACAUGUUACUUUGUUGAAGCUUUAAUCAAGUGCAACCUCAAAUCUCUAGCAGACGUCUCGGAGCAGCUGGCGGUGCAGGAUCGGACAGAACCGAUAGUUGGUCUUUGAGAGUUGUGAUGAGGAAGAUAAGGUGUCGGGCUAUAGCUGCUAUGGAUGAAGCUUGGGAGGCUUUUCGUUAUCUUGGAAG